AGAAAGGGAGAGAGGGAGAGAAAGACAGAGGGAGAGAAAGUUGGACAAGGGCAGCACGGGAAUUCUGCUUGUAUACCUCCCGCAAGAAAAGCGCCAGGAUUGCCAUCGCAGUAGAGUGGAUUACACCGGGAUUACACAGACAUCGAUCCGUAUAACCGCGGGAGGUAAUCGGCGGAUCCAUGCGUUCUUAACCCGGAGGAUCUAUCGAUUGUUUUAGGUGUGUGAGCUCUUGGCUGCUCUACAGUGACCAUGUGGCUGCGUGUGUGUGUGCUGCUGCUGAGCUGUUGCUCUGGCCUACUGACUGCUAACGAUGUGCAGUGUCCCCAUAUGCAGGUAGAGGCCUGGAAGUUUCCACAGACCUCACGAGAGGAUAUCACAGGCUUCAACCUUGUGCGGAAGUUCUCCCUUCUGAAGCUGCCGGAGGUGAAGAAGAUCAGGAACCCUCGAGGACCCCUCAUACUGCGGCUGGGGAAGACACCACUCACACAACCUACUGAUAAGGUGUUUCCUCAGGGUCUCCCUGGUGAGUUUACGCUGGUCUUCACUCUGCUGCUGAAGAGGGCGAGUCUCAACGACACCAUGUACCUGCUGCACAUCACCGACGACCAGGGAUACACACAGUUCUCCCUGGAGCUGAGUGUGCCUGAGGGAACCCUGUCCCUGCGUGGGGGUGAUGGGGCCGGCUGUGUGUUUGGGGGAGAGGGGGUGUCAUCACUAGGAGACCUGCGCUGGCACAAGGUUGCCCUGAGUGUGAGAGGGGGUGCCGCCGCUCUGCAUGUGGACUGCGGUUCCAUCGAGACCAAACCACUGGAGCCACUCCCACACAUCACCACCACGGGAAACACACUACUGGCCAUCCGAGCUGAGGACGCCAAGCCUGCAGAGGUGGAUGUUCAGCAGGUGGUGCUGUACUGUAACGCCUCUCUGGCCAUACAGGAGGCCUGCUGUGAAAUCCCUGGAGCACGGUGUCCUCCCGACGCCCCUAAGAGUCGGCGCGCAGCUGAUCUGGGACCAGACGCCAACCUGGUGGAACUCAACGCCUUCAAUGAGGCUAUACUUGGCAAGGAGCUAGCACAGAAGUGUGGGGGCUGCGUGUUGGUCAGUGAGGGACCAAGUAUGGGAGGAGGAGUCGCUGACCAGUCAUCUCACGGCAGCCAGAAAGGACAGAAAGGAGAGCAGGGAGUGAGGGGUCGGGACUGUGUUGGGUCAGGAGCUCUUGGUUCAUGUGCUGAUGGCGCGCAGGGCCAGAAGGGAGAGAAAGGGGAUUCGGGGCUUCCUCUCAAUUGGGCGGAUGGUCUUGGUCCAAGGGGGGAGAAAGGAGAGAAAGGAGACACCGGUUCUCAGGGCUUACCUGGACGACAAGGCAAAGACGGUCGUGCUGGCUCCAUCUGUGUCAUUGGGCCUAAAGGGCAAAAGGGUUCUGGGGGAGACGUGGGACCAGAGGGCCUAGCAGGGGAACCCGGAAAACCAGGCCUACCAGGAACCCCAGGAGUCGGAAAACCAGGACCCCCUGGUUUGCCAGGGAGUUCGACCGCCAAGGGAGACAAAGGGGAUUCUGGAAUACCUGGCAACGAUGGAGCAACCGGAGACCCGGGACCAAGAGGACCGGCUGGAACAAAGGGCGAAAAGGGGGAGUCAUGCGGUCCCUGCCCCAGUAUCUCCACAGUGGAGGGGAAGGAUGUUGUGGUCCAGGGGGUGGCCGGAGCCAAAGGAGAGCCAGGAGCACAGGGAGUUGGGGAACAGGGGCCACAGGGACCAGAAGGGAAGGAUGGCAGUCCAGGAGAGAAGGGGGAGCGUGGAGACCCAGGUCUGAGGGGAGAGAAGGGAGAGCCGUGUUCUGUGUGUCCCACUCUGGGUGAGCUGCCCAAUGGUGGCGGCUCUGCUGUAGCUGCAUCCCUCACCCAGAAGGGAGCCCAGAGGGGAGAGAAGGGAGAAGCUGGGGAGAGAGGAGAGAGGGGUGAAACAGGAGCAAAAGGACCUACUGGAAAAACUGGCAAGACUGGACCUCGGGGGCUUGCUGGGAAAGACGGCCUGAAAGGAGACAAGGGUGAUGCCGGGGUACCAGGCACUGGAGAGCAGGGAGUCAAAGGAGAGAAGGGUGAUUCGUGUGGUGUGUGCUCGUCAUCUCCAUCUGAGGUAGGGGGGUCGUCCACCUUCAAGGUGACGGGAGAGACGGGCCCCCACGGGCCACCCGGGCCCCCUGGACCCCCAGGAGAGGGAGCCGAGGGCAAACAGGGUCCAGCAGGUUUGGCUGGAGCUAAAGGAGAAAAGGGUGACCAGGGACUCCAGGGUGAUUCAGGUAUUGCUGGGACACCAGGCGUGCCAGGCCUACAAGGGGAAGCAGGACAAGACGGACUCCCUGGCAUCAAGGGGGAGAAGGGAGACGCGUGUGCCAGCUGUCCAUCACUCCCUGAUGGGCUGACGGGAGCCGUUAGCGUACCCGGGGCCAAAGGUGAGCGCGGAGAGCCAGGAACACCUGGAGUGGGAAAACCAGGAAAACAGGGAAUACCAGGCCUUCCCGGGCCACAGGGACGUCCAGGGCCCAAAGGACUACAGGGUGAUCCGGGGCCUGCUGGUGUGGGUCUUCAAGGGAUACAGGGUAUUGAGGGGCCAAGGGGGCCUCCAGGCAUUCUGGGACCCGUUGGACCAGCUGGACCACCUGGAGCCAUCGGACCUCAAGGAGAGAAGGGUGUGAGGGGCGAUGUGGGACCAGUUGGACCUCCAGGCCCAGUGGGCAUCGGCCCAGAGGGACCACCGGGUAAACCAGGCCUUACCGGUUCUCCAGGUGUUCCAGGGCAAGACGGACAAAUGGGACCAAGUGGAGCCAAAGGCGAAAAGGGAGCACCAGGUGAUUGUAACUGUCUACCACAAAUCAUCACCGGAGCUGGCGGACCUGGAGCUCCAGGAGUGAGUCAUGGAAAUGGAAAUCUCUUACAGCAUGGACCUCAGGGCCCUCCUGGUCCACCGGGCCCCCCAGGGCCUCCCGGGCCUCAAGGUUUCACCGGCCACCCAGGGCCGCAGGGUAACCCUGGCAAUGAUGGUCAACCGGGCGAACCGGGUCUGCCCGCAAACGUACGCCAUGGGCCUCUGCCUCAGGACCCACCCAUUCAGGAUCCCAAGGAGCCAUGUGAGGACUGCACGGGGCUGCCGGGUGUCCCGGGGCGCUUGGGCCCCCAAGGGCCAAAGGGGGAGAAGGGGGACGCGGGCAAGCCUGGCGUCCAGGACGUAGAUGAGUGUGAGAAGUGUUACCAGAGACUUCAGAAGGAGGAGCCGGCCCAGGAAGCAACAAACCCCACCACUACAGGUUCCGGCCCCAGCUGUGCAGGUGGCAGUCCUGGAUUGCCAGGACAUCCCGGAGAUCAGGGUCAAAGGGGACACACUGGUCCGGCCGGCCCCAUAGGCCCUCCAGGAUUCCCUGGACCCCCAGGCUCCUCUGGACUUCCUGGGAUGGUGGGAGAGCGUGGUCCAGCUGGGGCUCCUGGGCUCAAGGGUGAACAGGGCUCCCCUGGAAAUCCAGGAUAUCCUGGAGCGAUGGGAUCCCCUGGCUUGCCGGGUCUGAAAGGAGAGCGAGGAAGCCCCGGCGGCGCUGGAGACAAGGGAGAAUCGGGAGCUCCAGGGUUGCCAGGUUACCAAGGAAAACAAGGCCUGACUGGUCCCAAGGGAGAGGCAGGAUCAGAAGGACCAGCGGGGCCCAAAGGAGAACAGGGUUUCGGAGGACAGCCAGGCUUGCCAGGACACCAGGGUCCUCCAGGAUUACCAGGCAAAUCUGGACCUGCAGGCCCACCCGGGCCCAAAGCAGACAGGGGUGAGGCGGGUCUUCCAGGAUCUCAGGGACCAACGGGACCUCCAGGUCGUCAGGGAGGCCCCGGGAUGCCGGGACCACCAGGUAUGGAGGGCAACGACGGAAAAGACGGAAAGCCUGGAAUGCAGGGAUUGCCUGGUCCUGCUGGUCCUGUCGGCCCCAGAGGAAUUCCAGGCUUCAAAGGACAUAAGGGGCAUACAGGAGCGCCUGGACAAAAGGGUGACUGUGGCCCCCAGGGUCCUGCUGGAGCUGCAGGGAAGCCGGGACUGGAGGGUGAUCCCGGUAAUCCAGGCCCUCAGGGUCUCCCAGGAUCUCCUGGCCAUCUGGGAGCAACUGGACCCGCCGGGCCUCCCGGACCAGUUGGCCCUUCAGGAGUGGGUGUGAAAGGUGAAAAGGGAGAGACGGGCGACAGGGGAAUGGGUGGCCUCCCAGGACUACCAGGACCCCCAGGACACCCCGGACCAGCCGGAGAAGCAGGAAGUGACGGUGCUGCUGGAAAAGAUGGAAUGCCGGGAAUGCCAGGAGAGAAUGGCCAGCCAGGAAUGAAGGGUGAGACUGGGGCCGCGGGCCAGAGGGGUCCCCCAGGCGAGCGCGGCCCCCCAGGCCCCCCUAGUGGUGGCUUUGGGGGUUACGGCAAGGCGGAGAUGCCCGUGAUGGGCCCCAUGGGCCCUCGAGGAGAGAGGGGGUCUCAGGGAGCUGCUGGGCCCCCGGGACCCGCCGGACAUCCAGGGAUGCCGGGCAACGACGCUGUUGUAAACUACGAUGACAUCAAAAACUUCAUCAGGCAACAGGUCAUCAAGAUCUUUGAUGAGCGCAUGGCGUACUACCUGUCGCGUAUGUCUCCGGUGGACGUGGUGUCGUCUCCUGGGCGACCCGGUCCUCCUGGAAAGGACGGGGUGGCUGGUACGCCAGGACCUCCAGGGAUGCCUGGACGACCUGGACAGAUUGGCCGCGAGGGACGCUCCGGACCCAUGGGCCCCCCAGGUGGUCCUGGUCCCAGAGGAGAGAAGGGUGAUAAGGGUGUCGGGGAGAUGGGAGACGUGGGCCCCCCCGGAGCUCCAGGUAUGCCGGGCCCCCAGGGCUAUGGCAAGGUGGGCCCCGUGGGGCCUGCCGGUCAGCAAGGUAUCCCGGGCGUGCCAGGGCCCCCAGGCCCCGCCGGCUCCAGGGGCAAGGAGGGCCGCUGCAACCCCUCCGACUGCAUGUCCAUGCCAGUGGAAUACAGCCCCAAGGGCCCGCCCAUCAAGGGGCCCUGGUAGAGAGAUCGGGAUGGAAGGAGAGGAGGAGGAGAUGGAGAGAGAGAGAGAGAGAGAGAGAUGGAGAAAGAGAGAGAGGUGGAGAGGGAGAGGCUGGGAGAGAGGGGGUGAAGAGAGGAAGAGUGGAUGAGGGCAGUGAAUGAAGAGAUGAAAAGUGACCGAGUUGAGAGAGAAAUAGAGAGGCAUCGAGUGACAGAUAGUGAAUGAGGGAAAGAGGGAGUGACUGAGUGAGUGAUGGAAGGAGUAUGAGAGAGAGAGGGGGUGUCUUAAUAUACAAGAUAAUAAUGCACCAUAAUUAAAGUAACUCAAACACAUUAUGUUGUCAGGGUUGGCAAAGACAAUAAGCAAAAGUUGGAGUCAGGAUUUCAGAGGACCACUAAAUGAUAUUGUGAGCCUUAGGGCGUUAAUGCACAUUGUCGCAUUCUCCACAGUGGCACUCCUUCAAUGACAGCGAAUGUUUAGUAUCAAAAUUUAG